AAGAAACAGAGAGAGAAGAGAGGGAGAGAGGAGAAAGAGAUGACCAGAAUGGGACAAAGUAACACAAAUAAAGCAAUGCCAUCCAAUUUGAUGAGAUUUGUCUAUACAGUCUCCUCAAUUCUUUCCUCAUUUACUUGGUUCCAAGAAGCUUAGGACAUAUCUCCCCACUUCUUGGUACCCUCCAUCCCCAUCACUACCAUCCGACACCUCCUAUAGAGUUCUCCCAAACAAUCCAAAUUCAAUAACCACCACCAGAACCACCGUCGUUCUGCUCUUGUCCUGUGUUCCCAUAAGCCAUUGACUAACACAAGGAUUUGACAUAGAAUGGAUGCCGAUGAAUUGAGGCGCGUGUUCCAAAUGUUUGACAGAAAUGGAGAUGGCCGAAUCACGAAGAAAGAGCUGAAUGACUCGUUAGAGAAGAUGGGAAUAUUUAUCCCAGAAAAGGAGUUAGAGCAAAUGAUCGAGAAAAUUGAUGUGAAUGGGGAUGGAUGUGUGGAUAUCGAUGAGUUUGGGGCGUUGUACCAAACAAUCAUGGAUGAGCGGGAUGAAGACGAGGACAUGAGAGAAGCCUUCAAUGUGUUUGAUCAAAAUGGUGACGGUUUUAUCACCGUAGAGGAGCUAAAGACAGUGUUGCAAUCACUUGGUCUAAAGCAGGGCAGGACUAUGGAGGAUUGCAAAAACAUGAUUAUGAAGGUGGAUGUGGAUGGAGACGGAAGGGUCAAUUUUAAUGAAUUUAAACAAAUGAUGAGAGGGGGUGGAUUUGCUGCAUUGUCUUCUUGAUUUUAUCAUAAUAUUUUCGAGUUGGGAUGUUUAUUCUUCUAAUUUUUUAUUUUAGGUUUGUAAAUAUAUUCUUUUCUUUUUUUUUCUUUUAUUUAAAGCAAAUCAUCCUUGAUUUUAAGUCCUCCACUACCAAAUUGUCUCCCACAGGGCGGAGGGAAGGGGACUAGCAAGGGUGGUCAUCCCCUCCUCUGAAAUUUUGUUUCAGUGAGUCGACAUUUUCAAUAUUAAAUUCUACUUUUACUAUUUCAUUUUUUCUCCAUAAAAAUUUUGUUAAUUUCUACAUUUUUCUCAUCCAAAAAUCUCCAUCAUAAACAAAGAGAAGAAAAGUCUCAUUAGCACCCCCUUUCAUCAGGAGUGGAUUAUAUAAGUUGUGACUUCAAAUUUGGCAUAUCUACGAAACAAAGUUUGGUAAUCCCUCAAAUAGGAUACUAUUUCCUUUAAUAUAAUUUCUGGUUUGGAGCUUAAAUCAUAACCAUUAAUGAUAAUAAUAAAUCUUUCUUUUCUUUUUUUUAAAUUUUUUAUUUCUUUUGGUGAAUGACGGUUGGGAAAAAGUUUCAAAUUGUAGCAUUUUCAAUUCAUUAAUUUUUUUUUCUCUUAUGGUUCUUUUCAAUUUGUUGAACUUAUUUUUGGUUUGAUACUCCUUGGUAAUCGUUCCAAGUAGUGCUCUUCAAUUACCUACGCCAAAUUAAUUUUUUUGAACACCCUAAUUCACUCCAAACUCCUCUCUCUCCACUCCCCCCCCCCAAAAAAAAAAAAACAAGUGCGCUAUCUGGGGGUGUUCUACCAGCCACUUUAAUGGCUUGCCAAUCAAACAAUUUGUGUAGUUGUAGGUUUGGAGUUUUUUGAAAAACAACCAUUUAACAAAAUAAAUGGAUUAUAUGUUUGCCGAUUUGGGUUAACUAGCAUCGGUCAUACAACCAGAUUUAGAGGUUAAAACCGUUUUAUUUAUGAGUGUCUACAAAAUUUAAUGUUAAUUCAAGUUUUUGCUCAAGUACAUAGCCAAAAGUUAUUUAUACUUUGUAAGACAACUGCACCCUACUUUAAAACAAUUUUGACCAAAUUGGUAUAUCUUCCAUAAUACCUUUUGGUAUUAGGCUGGC